AUGGCUCCAUUGCUUGCUAAUUCUGUCUCGAAGGGAUCUCCAGCCUACGACAAACUUCGCCGCAGCUUCUUCAACGAACGAGUUCCUGAUGUCCAUCCCACCGAGAUUGUCAGCCCAAAAACCACGGGGGAAGUUGUGACAGCCGUCGAAUCCGCACGUCAGCGCGGGCUGAAGAUCGGUGUUCGUUCUGGUGGGCAUCUGUUCUUCUGUAAUUCGCUCCUUGAAAAUGGUCUCCUCAUCGACACGAGCAAUCUCAACCAAAACAUUAAGUACGAUGCCGCCACUGAGAUCGCUACGGUCAGCCCAGGGCAUAGAGUGGAGGCUGUCAUCAAUUAUCUCCGGCGAAUCAACAGGUUCUUCCCUGCAGGCCAUUCUCGGAGCGUCGCCCUGGGCGGCUUCCUCCUUGCUGGCGGCCAAGGGUGGUUCGUGCGCGGAUGGGGCUACACGGCCGACCGCUGGGUUGCCCAGAUUGAGGUUGUCACUUCUGACGGGAAAGUAGUGAUUGCCAACAAGUCUCAGAAUGCUGAGUUGUUCUGGGCGGCACCUGGCAGCGGCCAGGGCUUUUUCGGGGUGGUUACGCGGAUAUGGAUCAGGACAAUUCCGGCACGAAAGCUCUACGACAUGACAAUAAUCAUCGAUUCCACCGAGAUUUUCAAGAAGUUGCUCAAAUAUGUCAUCGAGACCUCGAAGAAGGUCCCAAAAUAUGGCGUCGAUUUGUUCUUUUCGACCUUCUACGCAGACAAGGAUGACCCUAACGGUGGACACGAAUCCAAAGCCAAGCGUGAAGCUCGGGUGCUGGGAAGCCCAUGGGAUGCCCUUCCCGAUGAAUUUAAGAAAUAUACCGUUGCUACCAUCCCACUGGCAGAAAGGACAUGGGAGGAACUUUGGGCUGCACAGGAGAGCUUCCAGCCGCAGGGUAACGGCGAGAGAUGGAACGUUGACAGCAUUCUGGUCGACCCAAAUGCUUCUGAUGACGAUGUGAUUGACGCUGUUACUCCGGCGCUCUUUAAUCUACCCACUCGACAUUCAUCCGGAACAUUCUGUCCAAUUGACUACUACCCAGACGAAAGGAAUCAUGCCCUUAGUUUGCCCCAGAAGACCUAUGUGUCGACGAUGCUUUGCUGGAAGGACGCGAAGUAUGACGCGGCGAUGGACAAGUGGCUUCUAGAUGCCUAUACCAAGGCCGACCGAGUCUCUUCCGGUGUUUACGUGGCCGACUUCAACGUCAAGCACAGGAAGCCAAAGGUUAUGACCGACUCUGCACUGAGCAAGUGGUUGCAGAUUAGAGAGAAAUGGGAUCCUUCCGAGACCUUCAUCGGUCAUCGAGGUUUCGCAAGCACUUUAGAUCCUAGUUAUGAGCAUCGUAACAGCUCAACCAACCCCAGGAGUAAGCUAUCGUAG